AUGGAGUCUGAAGAUCUGCAGGCAACAUCAUCAGAAACAAAGGCAAGCGAUGAGCAAGGAGGAAGUCAGGCAACAGGGUCGUACGAGUGCACCUUCUGUAAAAGGGGAUUCUCUAAUGCACAAGCAUUGGGAGGCCACAUGAACAUACACAGGAAAGACAAAGCCAAGCUGAAGCAAUCUUCCAAGCAAGCUCCUCGUCGUCAUCGGCCUAGCUGGAUUACGGAAGAUUCCUCUUCCAGAGAUGUAGCCUCAGAACCUCGCUUGAAGCAGCUUCCACUAUUCGCAGAAACGCCACAAAAGGCAGAAGAAUUAGGUCAUAUUCAUGAUGGCGGAACUGCUGAAGAAAUCAAGGGUUCGCCAUCGGAUUUAGACCUUGAACUCAGACUAGGGCCCGACCCACCCUCUCCCACUGUUGGUACCCCAAAAUUCUUUUGAUUCGAACGCAAUCUAUAUUUCAUCAAUUCUUCCCUUAAAUUUUUUCGUCAUCAGUAAGUGUGUCCCCCUU